CGCCUUCUAAACAAUGGCUGCACUGGUCCAACAUAUGUGACAGCCUUUAAAAAGGAAACAGAGACCGACAGUACAGUGCUGCAUUUAACAUCAGAUGACUGCUUUCAUGCAGAGGCUCCAUAAUGACCCCGGUGCACGUCUUCUUAAAAACUGACUGCACGCCAUGAAUAUCUCCGUCCCCUCCAUCCUGCUCGGUCUGGGAGGAAAGUGUCUGCUCAACUGGGGCCUUGUGUUUCUCCAGAGAAACCACAUCUGCAAAAGCCUCCUGGGAGUUUUCAGUGUUUCCCUCGCUGUGGUCGACACAGCCCUGACCCUCUCUGUCACUGCCCUUCACAUCCACACGGAUGGAUACGUCUUCCUUCUGGGCUUGCAGCUGACCAGGUACCAUGUAUGUUUGUUGGUUCAAAUCUUCGGACAAGUCUACAGCUCUAUGCAGUGGCCUGUUGUAGUCUUAGCUGGUGUGGACCAUUUCUGUACGGUCGCUCAGAGGUUGCAACCCAUCACCGGCAGGGCCAGAUGGUUAGUCUGCAUAUUCCUGUGGUACCUCACUGCUCUCUACGUCUUCCUGCUGUCUGACUUCUACCCUGUCUUGGAGGAUGUGUCUCACAACCAGAUUCACCACUGCUGGGUCUCCCACACCUCUCAGAUCCGGCAGGUUUCCAUGUUGCUCCUCCUGGCUCUGAGCUGUGCAAUGUUGCAUGCUGGGUGCAGCACGCGAUUAUCAAAAGAUCCUCCGCCACAACAAAUAACAGACCCUAGUAGAACAUACUCCAGAAGAAGUGUCGUUCGCCAAACCCUGCAUAUAUUUCUGAACACAUGGGCCCUAUUCCUGUUUUUUCUGGUCGUGUUGUUUCUGCUGCCUGUGGGAAUACCUGCGUACCUGGGUCUGAACACUGCCUGGCUCUGCUUCCUCAACAGCCUUCUGAUAGCAGUCAUUUUAUGUGUGGUCUGUCCAGCCUCGCAGCUAGCGGAGGGCUUGGCAGCAGUUCCUCCCGACAGCUUCUGUGAGUGGAGAUUUAAAUUUAGCUCGGCUGCAGAGGACAGAACAUGACUGCACCAAACAGGACGUGUUAGAAGAAGUGGAGUCAGCUGCUGAGAACUGAAUGUAUCCUAAUUUGUAUUUCCAGACAAAAAUUUUAUCAAUGGCAAUGACGAGGGAUAUGUAUUAACAGUUAAUGAAUGGAUUAAUUAUGCAAUCAUCAUUUUAAAUUUAUAUUCAGAUCAAUAUGUUUUGAUUCAAGACCAUGAUUGCAUGGUAUGGAGUAUGAACAAAUAUACAAUAUAAUCAUAGCAGAGUGAGGAUACUAGCAGGAAUUAAGUACAACAUAAACAUAUUUUAUGUAUUUUUAAAGCAAACGUUCGAAUAUUAACAUGCUAAACCAAGAUGGUGGACAUUAGAAACCUUAAUGAAAAUCACUUUGGAAACAUUUUGCCCCAGUUUGUGCCUCAUGUAGUACGUACAUACGUAUACGUACAUUCAGGACACAGAGAUAACUGUUGAUUUCUCUGGAAGGUUAUUAACAGGUGAUGUCUGAAAAAAGGAAGCUUGUUUAGUCAAGAGAAACAUUUUAUCUGCCAAACAAAAGCAUGUUUACAUCUUCGGUGUGAGUACGUUAGAAUGCUUUCUAUUAGCAUUUAGCUCGUACUGGCCAGUGAAAUUAAGUAAGACAAGCUUUAUGCAGCCAGGCUAGAGAAUGAAAUGACUACUCUAAAAUAAAAAGUACAAGGCUCUAGAGAUGCCUCUUUUUUUUAACUCACUCACUUUAAAGGUCCAGUGUGUAGGAUUUAGUGGUAUCUAAUUGCAGAUUACAACUCACUUGUUUCACCCACCCUUUCCAACUGCGAGGGAGAAACUACAGCAGAUACAUAACUUGCGAACAACCCUAUCUAGAGCCAGUGUUUGGUUUGUCACUUCUGCUGCAGUAACAUGGUAGUUCAACAUAGAGGCCUCCACGGAAGGCGACCCACAUCGCCUGUAGAUAAAAACGUCUCAUUCUAAUGUAACAAAAACACAACCAUUCCUAUAUAAGGGCAAUUAUACACUAAUGAAAACAUACCUAUGAAUAUUAUAUUACAUUUCUGUCAGUGGAUCCUCCUACAUGUUUCACACUGGCCUUUUAAAGUGUGUGUGUGCACCACUUGUUUCAGUGUGUUGAUAUGCUGAUUGUAAAGAAGAUGAUUACAGUGUAUGUAAAAUGUAAAGCCACUUACUGUCCAAUAUUGGAGGGAGAGGUUAUAAAGUGUCUGUUCGAUGGAAGGCAUAACAGCCAAACUCUAAGUGAGGACUGAUGUUUUCAACAAUAAGUCAUAUUACAGUUACCGCUACUGAUUAAAGACAUAACUUUUAAAUAAUCCCAAAAGAGGGGAGAAGGUCAACUAUAUACUUUGUGUGUGAUGGGAGACAAGAGAUGUAUACAAAUGUGAUGGGGUCAUGAAGAAGUGUAAAGGUAAACUAAUGGCUGAUUGCAUAUGGAUUUAAAUAAGGUUAAUUGUGUGCCUCUAUAUGUCUGUGAUACCUCUUUGAGCUAAACUUCAUCAUGAUAAACUGAUGCUUAUAUUUGAUAUAUGACUUUUGUACAAUGUUUAGAUGUUGAUUUUAUAUGGUUGCACAUGGAAAUAAAAAAAUAAAUAUAAAUAAAUGAAUAAAACACAUCAGCAGCUCUGAUAACUUUAAAUUAGUAUAUUGUGCAAAUGUGUGAAUCCUUCGUCAAUAAGGAAGUUAUGAGGACAAAAAUCAGCUUCACCAGCGAAUAAGAAAGGCAAAGGACAACAGCGGGUUUGACACUACAGAACUUUACUUGAAUUUGAUCCAAGUUCAUUGUCUAUACAGGGUAUAUUUACAAGAUUUGAAAUCAGGAGAGGGCAAAAACAGAAAAAAACAAACACUAGAUACAACUGAGGUAUUAGCUAAAAGCAUUUACAGGUAUGUAAUUUACUAGUAAAUAUCAAUGAUAAACAGUUAGAGAUGCAGUGUCUUCUGCUUAAAAAACAUCUUUUUAUAUCACAACAUGAGGUAGGAGAACAGUGUCUCGAUUCAUGCAAGAACAAAAGUCUCAUCACACUGUAGUAUUGGCAACGUAGUAUGCAAUGGUCAUACACAGACACUGUGUUUCAUGUUUCAGAACAGCAUUGGAGGGGGCGGGAAAGGGGUUUCUUUUUAGCCAAGCCAUGAAUAUUUUUUCAUCUAUAACAGGAUGUGUAUAAAUUAAAACAUGGUGUACCUCUUAGUAACCAGUGAUCUGUGUGAUCAAUCACCAACGCAGCCCCACUUCCUACUUCUCCCACAUGGGCGUAGAAUAAUUACUGGUUGAAAGUUAAACAUCCAACUACAAAGCAUAUACCACCUGCAACAGUAUUAACAGGUCAACUUGGACUUUGUUUAUUUUCCUCCUUACGUAGCCGGGAGGCAAUGGGUAUGUAAAUCCUGUAUUCAAAUGUGUUCACAUGGUAAAAGCCGUGCUCCUUUCACCUUGUUUUAGUCAGUUGGGGAAACUUCACACCUGUAAAAACUCUGUACAAAGCAUAUCCAAAUUCUCAUAACACUGCAAAAUGCAAAAAGGCCCAGCACACCGUGUUACAAGGGAUUUUAUCUCCCUUUUCAUUUACAUUUAGUCCUUUUUCAUUAUGGUGUACAAUUAAAGAAGCUAAACAACGCCCUCCUGUGUAUAAAAUGCAAAUUACACAGAAAGAAAAAAUCAGAGAUAACUGAUUAUCUGCUAACGUGAUGAAUUAAAAAGGAUUUUUUUGUAUUUUUUGUUCUGCUGAAGAGGUAAUUAAGUCAAUAAAAAUACUGAUUAUCUUUUUGAGGGAUGUUAACACAUUCAGACGAGGAUAUAUGAUCAGAAUCAGAAAACAUAACUACACACCCAGAGCUACAUGAGCAAGUUUUUCUCUUUCCCUUUUCAAAGCUGCUGUGCUUCAGUCAGACGUGGGAGGCCAACAAACACUCACUCUCUUUCUCUCUCACACACACACACACUCACUCACAUCAAUUUCCAAAUCAAGUAAGGCUACAUUUUAUGUUCUUCAUAAUCUGACUUUAUAUUUAGCCAACCUUUAAACCAAUAAUGAUAUAAAACUUGCACAUGUUCAAUGUUCAUGCAUAUGAGCCAUCUCAAUAGUUUGUGCAUUAUGUGUGGGGGGGGGGGACAUCUUUUUCUUUUCUUUUUUUUUUUAAAACAAUGAACAGAUUGAUAGAGUGGCCCGGUGACACAAAAAAACAUAAAGGGGCAGCAAAACAUGCAAAAAAAAUCAUUUUUUGUUUGUUUUCUUUUUUUCCAAAAUGCAUUUUCUUCAACAAAUGUUUUGUUUUUCAAUUUAGCUCAAAGGGGGAUAGGGGGGUUUAAACAAAGAGGAAAAAA